AUGAACAAAACUAGCACAAAAACAUUGAUAACACUUUUAGUAGUUCUGAUAAGUUUUAUUUUCAUUGUCGAGUUCACAAGUCCAAUUCAAUCAAUUAAUAUUGGACAUUUACAAAAAAGACAAAAUCCGGCACCAUCACCAGACAAUCCACCACCAAAGGAUAAUCCAUCACCACCACCAAAGGAGAAUCCAUCACCAGCACCUCAACCAACACCUGAUGCAACACCCAACCCAAAUCCACCACCAGCUGCUCCAAGUGCACCAGCACCCAACCCAACACCUGAUCCAAAUGCAACACCAACGCCUGAUCCAAAUGCAACACCAGCACCUAAUCCAACACCUAGUCCAAAUGCACCAGCACCUACAACAACUGUUGUUAGUAUUACUAGUGAUACUACCACUAAUACAGUUAGUCCAAUUGUCGAUAGCCCAGUUGUUACUAGCUCAACUGGAACUAAUGCUACAAAUGCUGAUACAAAUGCCGGUCCUAAUCCUAGUCCUAACACUGGUGUUCCUUCUAUAUCACCAACAGUUUCUCAAUCUACUACUACGUCAUAUCUACCUGGACGAGAACCAUGCACAAAAGCUGAUGAUCCAAGAUGUGUACGUGGGACAACAGAUCCAACGGUGGUCAGUACAACCGAACAAAAUGAAAUAAUUACACAACCAUCAACAACACCUGCAGCACCUACAACGUCCCAAUCACAACUAGCUCCAAACCCUAAAAAAUCAACCAUAACGCAAUUCACAACCUACACCACCACUUCAACAAUGUAUUUCCCAGGGUACUCUACUGUUACGUCUUCAAAAGGGACCGAUGGAGAAUUAACAACAUACGCAACUUACAUUCCACCAAGUACUGUCGUGGUGGUCAAGAAAGUUACCUCUGCAAAAGUAGAAGAAAUUCAGGAAACUAAUCCUUCUUCAGCUGGACAUCUUGAUCUGGAACUCUCGGUUUAUAAUUUAUACAGUGUUGCUACAUCAUUAUCUGUUAUCGCUGUAACAAUGCUUUAUUUAAUUGUUGCUUAA